AUGAAGUUCUCAACCGUCUUCAUCCUGCCUCUCGCCGCCGUGGCAUCAGCACAACCACAGGGCCCUCCAUCAGAACAAGGACAGGGAUCACCAAACAGCCCUCAGACAGCAUCCACUGCAGCGGGAGCCGAAGCCCCGUCGCAGCCGACGGGCGGCUUCCUGCCAGGCGGGCAGGGGACGGGCUCAGGAGCGGGGGCAUCCGGUCUGCCGGGCCAGGGGAGCGGAUCAGGCUCGGGGUCGGGAGCGGGUGGCUCGAGCCUCGCAGCGGCGGGUCCGAGCGGUGGUGGCGGGUUUCAGAAUGGGAGUAACGGUGGCAGCGGCGGCAGCAGCAGCAGCAGGCCGACGCCGACGGGUGCCGGUGGUGCUGGCGCCUCCGGGGCGACGGGCCGCCCGCAGGCGACGGGCGGCAGCGCCGCCGGCCACUCGACCAGCGGGGUCAGGGCGACGAGGACUGGCUCGCCUUCUGGGGCGAGCAGCGCGUCGGCGUCGUCGUCGGCCACUGCCGUCUCUGACGGCGGGGCUAGUGUCAGGACGAGCGCCUGGAGUGCUGGGAGUGGUGGCUUAGUGUCUGUGGUUGGCCUGGGGGUUACAUUCGCGCUGUUCAUGUAG